AAGAGGUACCGGAAGCCCCGCCCCAGAAGGCCGGUUCAGCCUAUAGGAAAAUGGCCUCCCGAGACCGUGUGGCCCAAGCCAAGUCGCGGGCAGAGCGCUCCCGUCCACCCACGGUACCCGUCCCGCAGGUGGAGAUCGUGCCCGGGCGCCUGUCCGAAAGCGACUGGGUGUCCAUGCUCUCCUUCGAGGAGGCGGAAGACAGCGUGGGAGACCUCCUGUCCGUGAUGCUGGACCAGGUCAUGGAGGAAUGCUACAAGGUCUACCUGCAGCGACAGUGCAUCCCCUACGUCAUCAACCAGGCCCGAGAGGCCAUGAUCCAGAUCAUCGAGUGGCGCUUCCUGGUGCGGGACGAAGGUGAGGCGGAUGUGCCGACGGACUCGGCCUGGCAGGAGGACGAGGAGCCAGUGCCCGGCAUCACGGACUGCUGGGCUCAGGGCUCCGUGCCUGUUGUCCAAACCACGCCAGCUCCGCUGGAGAGUGAGGUGCCACUAGCCAUCCUCCUGGAGGAAGCCCCUGCUGUGGAAGAAGAAGGGAUAUCUGUCAAAGACAUGACAGUGGGUGUUACUCCAGGGCUCCUGAGCUCCCUACUAAAGGAGGACGAGGAGGAGGAGAAAGAGGAAAAGGAGCAGAAGGAGCUCCCUCAGCCCUCCUUGCCAGACCUCCGUCCAAUGGAGUCCCGUACCAGCCGGCUCAGAUCCCAGGAAGGGGUCCCACCAGUAAAAACAACCCGACCCCCGCCUCCCCAGCCCCGUUUGUCCAUCAAGGGGUUGGCGCCCCACGAGAUCAGCGAGAAAACUGUGCGGAUGGCCCGCUUCAGCAUCCCUUUCUCCUCCCUGGAGGGCUCCGAGAAGGAGAAGGAGCCUUUCCUGCAGAAGCUCUCUCAGAUCUCCCUGAAGCAGCCGGAGCCCAAAGAGGCGGGCUACCCCGUGAUGCUUCCCCCCUCCUGCAGCAACCUGCUGCGGAUCCAGGUGGGCCGCCCUCCCAUCACCAAGGACGUCUCCUACGACGCGAGCGGUCACAUCACUGUCGUCCCCCGCCUGGACCCGGCCCGGCUGCCCAAGCACUGGAUCCGGCCCGUCGUUGAGAUGGUGGACAUGGACGCAGAGUCCCGCCGCCGGGAGGCCCUCAAGACCGUCUCGGGGAGAUGUCCCGUGCGUGGAAGCUCCCGUCGACGCCCUGCCAAACACUCCCUGGCGCCCAGGAUGGACACGGUGGUGGGCUUCGAUGGUAGCCCUCUGGGGGCCCUUCCGGGGGUCUCGUGGGAGGGCUCGGGCCGGACCCUGCAGGAGCAGCUCUUGGAACAAGCCGCCCAGCCUCCCCCUCCUCCGGGAAAAGUCCUAGAGCCCACCAGCCUCAUCUUCGUGAAGCCCACCUUGCUGAUGGAGAGGGUGGAGCUGGCCCCAGGAGUCACGCUCCGCUACGGAAGGAGCUCCACCCUUUGCCUCCCACCUGUGGCCCCUCGGGAGGAGGACACGGCCGGGAAGUCCCACGGGGAUCUCCGUCCCCUCUUCCCCAUGGCGGCUGCGGAGCAGCGAACCAUGGCCCCUCGGCCCCUGCCACGGCUGCACCCGGGGGCUUCCGCAAGACGGGGGUGUCCUUGCUAG